CUAGGCAUUAGGAAGACACCGAAGGCCUCUCAUAGCCUCAGUGUCCCUCCAGCAUUGGCGUGAGGAGGUAGCCACGUGCCCGCCUGUCCUGGAAGUUCCUUGCGUGCCUCAGACCAAGCCUGAGGGUAGCUGAAGAAGACUGAGACGCGCCACAAUGCUCCAGCCGCACCGCCUCCUCCUCCUCCUCCUCCCCCUCCUCUUCCUCCUCGUCCUCUUCCCCCUCCUCUCCAACGCCUUCUUCUUUCACCCGUAUUGGGACAUAAGGUACUCCUCGUCCUGGUCACACCGAGGUCACAGCUACGAAGGAAGUUACAACUUUUCCACCCCCACAAGAAGUCACAGCUUCCACUUAUCAGGUCACCACCAGAAUGAAGGUCACACUCACUCAGGGCAAGGUCAAACGUUCAGGAAAUCGGGUUAUGGUCAGCUGGGGGGUCACGCUCACCCUGCACAAGGUCACAGUGUCCAAGACUCGGCUCACAGUCUUCGUGGAAGUCUCCGGAAGAUAUUCUCAAGUGUCUUUGGACCAGGUCUCUUAAAUCAGGGAGGUCACCAUCAGCAGUAUGCCGGCCCCUGGUCCUCCAUGGCAGGUCACGGCCAGCAGGGUCACACAAGCUCUCAAGGUCACAUCGGGUCACACCACGGCCACACUCACCAAAGCGGUGACCACAGUGAACAAGGCCACACAAAAACUUCCUCAUUUUCGCAUGAUGCCAAGUCACAAGGUCACACUGGGUCACAAAUCAAUCACACUCACCAAGACGAUGGCCACAGUGAGCAAGGAGGUCACACAAAAACAUUCUCUAUCUCGGGUCACGCCGAGUCACACAUUCACACUGGGUCACAGAGUCAUACCGAAACACAUCAAAGUCCUACUGGGUCACAGGGCCACACUGGGUCACAGUUGAGUCAUACUCACUACAGUGAGCAAGGUCACACAAAAACGUUAUCAUUCUCGGCUCACUCUGGGUCACAAGGUCACGUUGAGUCACAGCCGGGUCAUACUCACCAAGAUGACCACAGUGAACAAGGAGGUCACACAAAAACGUUGUCCAUCUCGGGUCACCCCGAGAGAGGUCACCAUGAGCAGCCUGCCAGCCCGGGGCCCUCCGUGGCAGGUCACACCCAGCAAGGCCACACCGAAGCACAAGAGCACAGCGCAGACCUUUCCGCCACGGCAGAUCACACACAAGGUCACACUGGGUCACAGCAAGGUCAAGGGGAGGACGGCGCGUCUGAUUUCAUCAAGUUUGGUGUACAGAGUCACCACGACCACUUCCUCCAGCAUGGCCACCACCACGGCGACCACCACCACCACGACCACCACCACGACCACGACCACGACCACGAUCACCACCACCAGUUCCACCCAGUGCAAGGUGGUCACAUUCACGGGGAUAAAGACGACGUGGAAUUUGUGAAGGCGCUCCUGUCACAGAAAGACAUCGCAUCCCCCGUAGAAGCACAGACGAGACAGGCGGACCAGACACACACCGCUACACACAGCCAGCACGGACCUCCAGCACAGGGCUUCAGGGACACCGUGGAUGUGAGGACCAGUCUUUCCAUCUAACGAAGAAGUGCCCGCCAUCUGACCUUCAACCUGUGUGUGCGUUCGUGUGUGUGUGUGUGUGUGUGUGUGUGUGUGUUGCUAUUUCCAGGUAAGACUUUUUUUCUUUAUUUUUUCUUGCUUAUUUUCAGUUUUUUAUAUAUAUAUAUUUUUUUUUUUUUUUAAGAAACCAUAGUGUGAUAUUUCUUUCUCUCUCUCUCUCUCUCUCUCUCUCUCUCUCUCUCUCUCUCUCUCUCUGGUAUUGCUGUUCUGACUAUCCUUUGUGCUACGCCGCCGAGAGAGAGAGAGAGAGAGAGAGAGAGAGAGAGAGAGAGAGAGAGAGAGAGAGAGAGAGAGGUUGCCCUUGAGUGACAUGACAAGCAAAACAACCUUAGCUGAUGAUGACGAUAAUGAUUAUUACCAUUCUUGUUGUUAUCGUUGUUUUUUUUUCUAUUCGUAAACUAAGAGAGAAAUAUCUGCUGUUAUUCUUGUAGAGAGAGAGAGAGAGAGAGAGAGAGAGAGAGAGAGAGAGAGAGAGAGAGAGAGAGAGAGAGAGAGAGUGUGUGUGUGUGUGUGUGUUUACCAAUUAGUAAUAGACACACUUCACUAACAAAACAGUAAUUAAUAGUGGCUUAAUUCACCCAGUAAUGUAUUCUCGUUACCAACUCGUUUAUAAAUAACAAAAUAGAAUAAAAUAAGAUGAAAUAAAUAAAUAAAUAAAUAAAUAAAUAAAUAAA